GCAGUCGGGGAGCAGAGCCGCCAGAGGGGGAGCAACUCCUUCUGCGUAACUGAAGGGGGACAUUAAUUUUCUCUGUUGUCUUCUCAGGUUGUCUUGGGAGAUCGGUCGGUCCACAUCCGCUAUAAAUACAGACCGAACUGAACUGAACUGAGUCUGAGUCUGAGUCGAGUCCUCCGGCGCCAGAGGAGAGGGACGGUCCGCUUUCCGAGGAGCUUUUCGGGAAGAUCACCAGCGCAAAGUUCAUGGCUUUACUGUGGAAGUGCCACUGGCUGAUGGCGGUGCUGGGCACAGCUUCCCUGUUCCUGGGGAUCUGGGCGGAUUGCGACAAGGAAUGCGCUUACUGUGCCUACCGCCUGAGCACACAGUCGGUGGAGUUUAACCCUCUGAGCUGCACUUUAGAGUGUGAUGGUAAAUUGCCUUCAGAAAAGGCUUGGGAGAUGUGCAGGCAGGUUGUGCAGAUCAACAUGGCACAGGAUAAAGGUCAAGGUUCUCAAGAAAACGAUGGAGAAAAUGAAGAACAACACAUCCUGUUGGCCAAAAAGUAUGGUGGCUUCAUGAAACGCUAUGGAGGCUUUAUGAAAAAAGCAGACAAUGUUGACAUUUACAAAACAGACGCAGAUGAUGAAAAUAAUGGAAGAGAGAUACUGACCAAAAGGUAUGGAGGGUUUAUGAAGAAGGAUCAGGAGAACGCUUCUCCGAUAGAUUCGGCUGACGUCCUGAGAGAGCUCCUUAACUUAGGUGAUCUCAGUGAGCAUAACCGUUAUUUGGAACGCAGUGACUCUGACAGGGCCGGUGAGAUUCUGAAACGGUAUGGGGGAUUCAUGAGGGGUUUCAAGAGAAGUCCCGAAACAGAAGCUCCAGCAGAAUUGCAAAAGAGAUAUGGAGGCUUCAUGAGAAGAGUUGGUAAGCCAGACUGGAGGCUGGACUACCAGAAAAGAUAUGGUGGAUUUAUGAAACGUUGGAAUGAUGCUCUUGUCCCUUCUGAUGAAGAUGGGGAAAUUUAUUCCAAAGAGGUCCCUGAGCUUGAAAAGAGAUAUGGCGGAUUUAUGAGAGUUUAGAUGCACAAUCAGAAAGACUGCCUCUGGUCUCAUAACUAAAUGUUUGUGUUGCUUGGAAUGUACAGGUGUUUUUUUUACUGUCUAGUUUAUUAAGAACAGGCAAUCUGUAAUGCACAUGUUACUUGCAAAUUGUGUUGCCCUUUGUUGAGUUGAAAUGUUAAUGAUUUGCUUUCUCUGUAUUUUCUUCUCAGAGUGUAAUUUGUUUUGUGGUUUAUUUUCAUUAAAUGUAAAACAAUUAAAAAAAACUUACUGCCUAGUUGUACAUAUUCCAAUAAACAUAACCGCAAAAUGAAA